UGUGUGUGUGUAUGAGUGUUUAUGUGAGUGAGUGCGUGUGUAAGUGCAGCUGCGGUGAAUUGAUCUGAUUAUUAUUAUUAUUAUUAUUAUUAACAUUAUUGAUCACUAACAUGUGUGAUGAUGAGAAAUUACCCCCCGGAUGGGAGAAGCGAAUGAGUCGCAGCUCGGGUCGGGUGUACUACUUCAACCACAGCACCAACGCCAGCCAGUGGGAGCGGCCGAGCGCGGGCGACGGCGCCCCGGUGGAGAAGGUGCGCUGCUCUCACCUGCUGGUGAAGCACAACCAGUCACGCCGACCCUCGUCCUGGAGAGAGGAGAACAUCACCCGCUCCAAAGAGGAGGCGCUGCAGCUCGUUCAGCGGUAUAUAGACCAGAUCAAAUCGGGCGAGGAGGACUUCGAGACGUUGGCGUCCCAGUUCAGCGACUGCAGCUCCGCACGCAACGGAGGAGACCUGGGCCUGUUCGGCAGAGGUCAGAUGCAGAAGCCGUUCGAGGAGGCGUCGUUCGCGCUGAAGAUCGGCGACAUGAGCGGCCCCGUGUUCACCGACUCCGGGGUCCACAUCAUCCUGCGUACAGGAUAACGCCCGUCCGUCCGUCCGUCCGUCCAUCCAUCUACAUAUACGAAUGCCCACUGACUGUUACCCCCCCCCCCCCCUUCCUGAAACGCUCCGACAGGGCGUGUCCACCCCUCAUUUUUAAUCGUAUUUAGCCUCACAGAACAAACAGAUUUGCUUUGAUCCUUUAUUAAACGUACACCAAUAAACAGCGAGACGAAUCGGAAUGCACCCCCACCUCGCUCUGUCGACCUGUAAGUCUAGAUAAUGACCAAUAAAAAUGAUCACAUGACCAAAAA